AACAGGAAAAAGUUAUAUAAAUUUAAAUUAUAGAAUUUUGUUUUUUAAAAUUCAAAUAAAAAUUUCGCGCCAAUUAAGUUUAUAAUUAUUUAUUUGAAUUUAAAUAAAAUAUAAAAAUUUAAUUUAUUAAUUAUUUAUUACGCUUAUUAAUUAUAUAAAUGAAUAUAUAUUAUACAAUAUGUAUAAGUGCAUAUGUAUUUACAUAAAAAUUUUUAUCGUGUUGGUAUGAAGAAGCGGUUUUUUUAUUGGUCGGUGGAAAAUUUGGUUAUCUUCAGUUUACAUUUAGGCAACAAAAUUUUUUUGACCGUUUUAAAUGAGAGAACAAAAAAACGUGAUUUGUAAAGAUUAAAAUCUCGGUAAACUCCAUGCAGUACAGUAGACAAUUAUUUGUGUUCAUAUUUAUUGUGUGCGCAGUAUUGUCAGUAACAUAAAUGAUAAUAAAUAAUAUUUUAUUUUAUGAGUAUCGAAUUUAUGGAUAACAAUAAAGCAAUGAACUGUAAAAACAAAUUUUCUGCAUUAGAUGGAAUAGAACACUUUUCAGACAUACCAAGUUCAUCAGAGAACAGAAAACCAAUCAGAAAAUUAUACAUCAGUAAUUUUUGGGGAAAGGUCGAUACAACAAUUCUGAAAGACCUAUUUUCACAGUACGGUGAAAUAAUUGACUGCCGAGGUCCAUUUGUCAAUAGCAGAGGAUAUCAUUUUGCUUUCAUUACGUUUAGUACACCUGAAGAAGCUCACAAAGCAUUAGAAGCUGGUCAUCGUAAAGAAGUUAUUUUAUUUAAGAACAAACCACUAAAUAUAAUGCCUUCAUUUCCACAUACACAACCUUCUGAAAGUCAGAUUAAAAAAUUAUUAUCCAGAAACACUAAAAAAACAAAGAAGAAACGUAAGAAGACUAAGCCAGAAAAUAAAAGUAAAAAUAAAAAUAAAAAUAAAAAUAUAAAAACACCUAAAAUUGAUUACAUCAACAAGAUUGAUGAUGACUGUUUAAUUAAUAUUUUUGUUCUGUUACCAAUGAAUGAUCGUAUGAGAAUUGAACGAGUUUGUAAACGGUGGCAAGAUGUCAGUGCGCGUGCCUGGCAUGACAUUAAAGAACUCGACUUAACACAACCUUUCCAGUUUUUAAAUUCAAAUAGUAGAGCUCAGACGAUUAAAAAUCGUACUGUCGAAAAAAUUCUUGAGAGAUGUGGACGUUUUUUAUCAACUUUACAAUUUUCUACAUGUGAUUCAGGUUGCAAUUCUGAAAUAUUGCCAGUAAUUGGCGAGCAUUGUAAAAAUCUUACUAGGCUAACUCUUCAAUUACGUAAAUACCCAACCAAAGAGUUAAACAAACUAUUUUCACAAAUUAAAAAAAUUCAGUAUCUAGAAAUCAAAGACAUAGGCAAAGAUUUUAAAAGUAAUAGUUUGGCAUUUUUACCUCAUAAUACUAUUGAGGAAAUACAUUUGUCGUCAAAAGUAACUUACGAAUCAUUCGAGCCUCACUUGAGAUACUUUGGAUAUUCUGGAUCAACUACAUUUCGUAAAUUGAGUAACAUCCGGUCUCUAACUAUGACUGGAUUUAUUAUCAAACCAGAACUAAUUAAAGUUAUUGCUGAGAAAACACAUUUAACGUACCUGUCGCUUGCAAACUGCAGCAUUAAACAAAAAAAUAUUAUCAAAUUAACAUGCUUACGAAAAUUGGAGCACUUGAAUCUUUCUAAAGUUUUAGAAGUAACGAAUGAGUUUCUUAUUGCUCUGGCAUCAAAUUGUACUGAACUCAAAUACUUAAAUAUUACUGAUUGUUCAUCAGUAUCAAACUCUGGAGUAGCAGCACUAUCAGGGUUACCUCAAUUAGAAACAUUAAUAAUUAAUGAACUGUAUGAUAUAACAGAUUUGACUAUCAGUAAGUUUGUUAGUCUGCAAGAAUUACACUGUGAAAAUUGUGAACAAAUUCAAGACCCAGGGAUUAUAACAUUACUUCAGACUGCGCCUAAUUUAAAGAUUCUUAAUUUAUUUAAUACUUCUAUAUCAACAGCAGUACUGGAAACUGCCAAUCUCAUUACUAGAAGACGUACCAACGAUUUACGACUCCGUAUUAAAGUAAAUACAAUGGUACAGGAGGAGUGGGACGAGGAAACUGAAGAUAGAUCACCACGUCUGGAUGUCGAAGGCAAAGACGAGACCGUCUCAGACGUAUCUGAUGAGUUUUUGUAUGAUCAUGACGAUGAUGACGAUUUAUGGGAUCUCGGCAUUGAUGACGAAUACGAUGAUUACGACGCUGAUGAUUACGAUGACUACGAUAUCGAUUACAAUGGCAUCAAUCCUUUCCUUCUAUUCUAAAUACAGUUAUUAUUAUUUAUAUUAUUUUUUAAUAAUAUAUUUAACAUAUAAGACCAUUAAAAUAAUUUAAAUUUUCAUUUUACAAUAAAUUUAAAUUGUUUUUUAUUUAU